AGAAAGUAAAGAAACGGACUUCCGGACUUGGUUUGAGUUUUACUUCCGGUGUGAAAAGUCACAGCAAGAUGGCGACGCCACAGAACAGCCAUGCCAACGGCAAGGCUUGUGUUAUUCCAGGAAACUUUACAGUGUUGCCCAUCAAGUUUUACCCCGACUCCAACACACAACACAACUUGUACGUGAAAGAGCACAAAGUUCGGGAAGAGAAAAGUUCCUACAGACCGCUGGAUAAAACCUUGUUUGUCCUCAACAUCCCCCCGUACUGCUCGGAGGGCGUCGUCAAGGAACUCUUCUCCCAGUUUGGCUUAGUUACGUCUGUGGAGUUAAAUGAGCAUCCGGGAUCCUUUCACUCCGGCGCCAAACCGUCCCGAUACUUCAAGCCCGCCCAGAAGCAGUGCUUCAAAGUGGGCUACGUCGUCUUCCGGGCUUGCUCCGGCAUCGCUGCGGUGAAGUCGCACCCUUUUGACGUCCCUUUGGUCGUCUGCUCCACGCAACCCGGGGUCAAAACCGGAGUACGCAAAUGGAUCCAGCAGUACAAAAACAACCUUGUGCAGCCGGACAGACUCCAACACGUGGUCGACAACCUCAUGAAGAACUUUGACCUCAAAAAGGAAAGGGAAGAGGAGCAGCAGAAGCUGGAGGCGGAGCAACAAGAGGAGGACCAGGGGGGCUGGGUGAAGGUGACCAAGGGUCCCAAGGGCGCCAAGGCCCGGCCCUACAGCGAGGCCGCCGACGAAAGGACGCUACGGAAGGAGAGGAGGAAGAAGAAGAGGAAAGAGCUCCUCAACUUCUACGCUUGGCAGCACAAAAACACGCAGAAAGAACAUAUUGCUGAGCUGAGGAAAAAAUUUGAGGAGGACAAACAGAAAAUUGCUCUCCUGAGAGCUCAAAGAAAAUUCCGGCCCUAUUAAAACGUUAUUGUCGCGCUCAUUUUGGUCACAUGACAUGCCUGAUCAUUGCUCUCAUCCACCUGCUUACAUUGGCAAGUAAAAAAUAUCCCAACCUCAGAGCUUCCAGUUGAAAACAAACAAAAUUGCAGACAAGUUGCAUCAUGGUCCGUUGUGCAGAACAUUUCCUUGGCAGAGGUCGGCAAUUUUUCCAUUUUCUCGGAAUGUAAAACUGUUGAGGAAGUUUGUCAUUGGGGAAAUGUGUCGUUUUCGAAAUGGACACCAAAAUGAUCUUUUGUGGUCCAAACAGGAACAUUCCAUCACUCAUGUAAGCAACUUGAUCAGGUCUUAUUUGUAAGCUCGUGUCAUAAAAAUGUGGAGAAUUA